AUGGCUUGUGUUACGGGCGUUAAACCCCGUGAAGCAGAUAAAUUAGAUAGAGAGGAGCCCCGCCGUGUUGGUGGGCUUGAAGGCCCACCCUGCCCGAUAAAGGCGAUAAGGGUGGGGCCGCCCGUACGAAAUAUCUCGUGCGCCCGCGGCCGCCCCGGAGGGCCUUUUUUGGGCUCCUUAUAA